GGCUCGGUUGGGAAGAGAUGGGCAGCGCUCAGAGACACAAACAGUGGAAAGAUGGACAUCCUCGCACACGUUAGAAGCAUGUUGAAAGGACAGUAAGAGCCAGAAAUUUCAGUAUGAAUCAGUCUAGAUCCAGAUCAGAUGAUGGUGAUGAACAAACUUCAUCUCAAGGCCACAGUCGCCGUGGAAAUGAGAGAAGAUGGCAGCAAGAGCGUCUCCACAGAGAAGAAGCCUAUUACCAGUUUAUUAAUGAACUGAAUGAUGAAGAUUAUCGGUUAAUGAGAGACCAUAAUCUUCUAGGCACCCCUGGAGAAAUAACAUCAGAAGAGCUACAACAGCGGUUAGAUGGAGUCAAGGAACAAUUGGCAUCCCAGCCUGACUUGAGAAAUGGUCCAAAUUCCCAAGACUCAGAAGAUCAAAGAGCAAGUUCAAAUCAAGAUUCUCUGUUAGAAUGGUUGAAUACCUUCCAUCGCACAGGAAAUGCAACUCGAAGUGGACAAAAUGGCAAUCAGACUUGGAGAGCUGUGAGUCGAACAAAUCCAAACAGUGGAGAAUUUCGGUUUAGUCUUGAAAUCCACAUCAAUCAUGAGCAUAGAGGAUUUGAAAUUCAUGGUGAAGAAUAUACAGGCAUUCUACUUUCAGAUAGUAGCAGAGAACAUACUGCAGAUAGACAGCAAAGAUCAACUAGUCCUGUGGCUAGGCGAACAAGAAGCCAAACUUCAGUGAAUGUCAGUAGUAAUAGUUCCAAUGUUUCAAGGACUAGGCUUGGUUCCAGAGGGCAGAAUUUAGAAGGAUCUUUCUCAACACGGGGGAGAUUAAGAAAUAGAAUUGGAGAUACAGGCAGCAUUCCGGGAAUUAGUAUGCCACGCACUAAUUUCAGUGACCACACAAACCAGUCGGGUAAUGAACUCAGGCAAAGGGAGGGGCAACGAUUUGGUGCAGCACAUGUUUGGGAAAAUGGGGCCAGAACUAAUGUUACAGUGAGGAAUACAAACCAAAGAUUAGAGCCAUUAAGAUUAAGGUCUACUUUCAAUAGCCGAAGCCGCUCACCAAUUCAAAGACAAAAUGACACUGUAUAUCAUAAUUCACAAAGGGAAGGUAGGCCUUUGCAACAAACUAUGAGAAGAUCUGUUAGGAGAGGGAUAACUCGUGUUUUUUUAGAGCGAGGUAGAACACGCAGAGGUACUUCAUAUACUCCAUUCUCUAACUCAAGACUUGUGUCAAGAAUAAUAGUUGAAGAAGGAGAAGAACCUAGAAGAUCUUCAACUGCUAUACGACGACAUCCAACAAUCACACUGGAUCUGCAAGUGAGAAGGAUUCAUCCUGGGGAAAAUAGAGAUCGGGAUAGUAUUGCAAAUAGAACUCGAUCUAGAGUUGGGCUAGCAGAAAACACAGUCACUAUUGAAAGCAAUAAUGGUGGCUUUCGUCGAACUAUUUCUCGUUUAGAGCAGUCAGGUAUUCGAACCUACGUUAGUACCAUAACAGUUCCUCUUCGUAGGAUUUCUGAAAAUGAACUGGUUGAACCAUCAUUAGUUGCCCAUCAGUCAAUUUUAAGGCAGAUUAUGACUGGAUUUGGAGAAUUGAAUUCUCUAAUGGAAGCUGAGAGAAAUGGUCAGCAUUUACCAGACAGGCACUCAGAACUGAGUAACUUAGGUACAAUUGAUGUUAGCCAGCAUAUUGAAGAUUCCCUGCAGGAAAUGCAAGCUCAGGAAGAUAGCUCUGAAAUGCCUGUUGAAAAUGAAAUCACUCACCCUCCCACCCAAAACACUAAUAAUAGAAGUGGCAGGCAGCCUCGAAACUCAAAUAACUUAGUUGAAACUGGAACACUACCUAUUCUUCACCUUGCUCACUUCUUUCUACUAAAUGAAGGUGAUGAUAAUGAUCGCAUACGUGGUUUAACCAAAGAGCAGAUUGACAAUCUUUCCACACGGAACUAUGAGCAUAGCAGUAUGGAUAAUGAACUAGGUAAAAUCUGUAGUGUUUGUAUCAGUGACUAUGUAACUGGAAACAAGAUCAGGCAGUUACCUUGCAUGCACGAAUUUCAUAUUCAUUGUAUUGACCGAUGGCUCUCAGAGAAUUGCACUUGUCCUAUCUGUCGGCAGCCUGUUUUAGGAUCGAGUCUAGCAAACAGUGGGUAAAGGUAGUUGAUAGUUCUAUACGAAUACUGCACUUUAGUAGAGCUGAAUAUUCAAGAGUCUUAUGUUGAGUUAUUUAUGAUGAGCUAACCAGGAUGGAAAAUAACAGAUUAUUAUAGUUGGAAAUAUUUUUGUGUGCUUUUUUAACUUGUUAAAAGGAACAUUUAUAUAAAAUUUAAAUGCAAAGUUAAAUUAUCCAAAAGUACUGAAUAGUUAAUAUUGCUAGAACCAAAUAAUCUUUAAAAUGUUUUUAUUUUGAUAAUCUUGUCAUGCUAAGCACUUUUAUACCUGCACAGUUCAGUAGGUUAAAAAAAUCUGUCUUUUUCUUAAUAGCAGACUUUACUUGGUCUUUCAGGUUCAAUAGGUAUAAUACAAUGACCAAAUUAUUGGUCUAUAAAUAAGCCUUUAUUUAACUUUUUUUCUAAGAGCAGUAUGUUUUCAAGAAAGAAUGUUUGGCUGAAUGUUUACUAAUUUAUGUUACUUGAAAUGUUAAAAUUUAAGAUGCAGCAUACAUAUGUAUAUGUGUAUAGAUAUAAGCAUAUAAUUUUAAGGUUAAUAUAUUCAAUCUAAAAACUGCCAUUUUGGUUCUUAUUUAAGCUUUUGGACUAUAUCUGCAUAUGGCACAAGAUUUAAUAUUUACAAGAUCAUCUCUGGGAGGAAAUGGAUUAAGACAUUUAAAAAUAGAUAAUUUACUGAAGCGUCUCUGACAAUCUGACUUCUUAGACAGCAAGCAAUAUGUAAUAUGAACAAAUACGUUUUUCAGAAAUUGAACAUAGAUAUUUUAGCACUUAGAGGUUAUUUAACUUGAGGUUAGCCUAUUUUUUGUGACUCUUUUGAAAGUGCAAACAGUUCUUUUGAUUAUAUUAAGGUAUAUAAUAUGCAUGGUUUCUCAAAUUUAGUUUAAAAUCUAAAAAAAUCUAUAAAGAAUCAAAUAUUAGAUAACAUGUUAAGUUUACUUGGAGGCAAAAGUACUCCAGUAAUAUGGAACAAAAAAAAAUCGUAAAGAGAAUGUAGAAUUUAUAUAAAUAAAAGUAUGCAUUGAAGAUCUAUUUCUACCAAUAAAUAUUAAAGCAAAGCUUUGUGU